AUGCGGCCCCUUUCCAGGAAGCUUCUGAAGCCCCCGUGGAAGUUCCCUCCACCCUGGAAGCCUUGGGAGCAAGUCCCCAAAAAGCCAAAGCGGAAGAAAAGGCGGCGCCGCAACGUGAACUGCCUAAAGAACGUGGUGAUCUGGUACGAGGACCACAAGCACCGCUGCCCCUACGAGCCCCACCUGGCCGAGCUGGACCCCACCUUCGGCCUGUACACCACGGCCGGGUGGCAGUGCGAGGCCGGCCACCGCUACUUCCAAGACCUGCACUCGCCCCUGAAGCCGCUCAGCGACUCGGACCCCGACAGUGACAAAGUGGGCAAUGGCCUGGUGGCCGGCAGCUCCGACUCAGCCAGCUCCGGCUCCGGCUCCGACUCCGAGGACCCCCCUGAGGGCCAGCCCGUCAAGGCCCCGGUGGCAGCAGCACCAGUGCCCCCCGCCAGCCCGGCAGGCAGCAGCGGGCUCAUCACUCAGGAGGGCGUGCACAUCCCCUUCGACGUCCACCACGUGGAGGGCCUGGCCGAGCAGGGCACCCCGCUGUGCCCCAACCCUGCCGGCGGCGGGCCCGAGGCCCUGGAGACAGUGGUGUGCGUGCCGGUGCCCGUGCAGGUGGGCGCAGGCCCCGGUGCCCUCUUUGAGAACGUGCCCCAGGAAGCGCUGGGCGAGGUGGUGGCCAGCUGCCCCAUGCCAGGCAUGGUGCCCGGCUCACAGGUGAUCAUCAUCGCCGGGCCCGGCUACGACACCCUGACCGCCGAGGGCAUCCACCUCAACGUGGCCGCGGGUAGCGGCACGCCCGGCGGCGGCCUGGGCGAGGAGGUGCCCUGCGCCAUGAUGGAGGGCGUGGCGGCCUACACCCAGACGGAGCCCGAGGGCGGCCAGCCCAGCACCAUGGACACCAGCAGCAUAGCGCUCAUGGACACCAAGAAAGAGAAGGAGGACCUGUACCUCCUCAAGAAGGAGGAGAAGGAGGAGCCUGUGGCCCCAGAGCUGGCAGAGCUGGCGGCAACGGCACCCGAGAGCACGGAGCCCGAGGCCGAGGCGGACGGGGAGGAGCUGGACAGCAGUGACAUGUCGGCCAUCAUCUACGAGAUCCCCAAGGAGCCCGAGAAGAGGCGGCGGAGCAAGCGGUCGCGGGUGAUGGACGCCGACGGCCUGCUGGAGAUGUUCCACUGUCCCUACGACGGCUGCAGCCAGGUCUACGUGGCCCUGAGCAGCUUCCAGAACCACGUCAACCUCGUGCACCGGAAAGGGAAGACCAAAGUGUGCCCUCACCCCGGCUGCGGCAAGAAGUUCUACCUGUCCAACCACCUGCGGCGGCACAUGAUCAUCCACUCAGGUGUACGCGAGUUCACCUGCGAGACCUGUGGCAAGUCUUUCAAGAGGAAGAACCACCUAGAGGUACACCGACGCACGCACACCGGCGAGACGCCCCUGCAGUGAGUGACAGGCCGCCCCUCGAGGCAGCGCGCGUCGCUCAACUGGCACAUGAAGAAGCACACGGCCGAGGUGCAAUACAACUUCACGUGCGAGCGCUGCGGGAAGCGCUUUGAGAAGCUGGACAGCGUGAAGUUCCACACGCUAAAAAGCCACCCGGACCACAAACCCACCUGACCCACCCGACCACUGACCACCCUUAUUUAUUCGUCCGCUCGGACACCAAGUCCGGGGCCUGCUGGGGCCCAGACAGCCGUGGGGGCUGCCCGGACCGCGGGCCGGAAGGAGUCGCCCCCGUCCUUCCCCAGGGCUGGGCCCGCAGGGCAGGUCCCUCCACCCCGCUGAUGGCAUCCUGUCUGGAGCUGGCGCCUGGGACUGCGCGGCUGGAACUGUGUCAAGAGAGCAGAGCGAGAUUAAAGAGUGAGAAAGGA